AUGUCACUCGAGGACACCAUCGAACACGCCAAACGCGCCUUCGCGCUCAAGAAGUACGAGCAGUCGGUGGAGCACUACGCGUCUGCACUCGAAAUAGCCACAAAGAAGUUCGACGAGAAGGCACCGGAAAUCGCAGACUUGUACUUCGCGUACGGCAAGGCGCUGCUGGAGAACGCCAUUGCGCAGAGCGGUGUGCUGGGCAAGCAGGACCCGGAGGAUGGCCUGGAGGACAGCAGUGGUGCGUAUGCCGCCAACAGUGGCGCGUUCCUCUCAUUCUCUGGUGACGCGGAGGAGGAGCACCUCGGUGAAGACGUAGCCGUCGAUCUCUUCGCUGACGCGCAGAAGGCGGCGGCGGAGAUGGACGCCGCGGAAGAAGAGGAAGAGGAAGAUGAUGACGCUGAACCCGAGGACGACUUCAACGCCGCGUGGGAAGUCCUGGACCUCGCGCGUGCCAUCUACGAGAAACAUCAGGAGGACGCGGACGAAGUCAAGCUCAAGCUCGCGGACACGUUCAUCACCCUCGGAGACGUUUCCCUCGAGACUGAGAAAUUCGAGCAGGCCAUUUCUGAUUACACCGCGGGUCUCGCACUCAAAACCGACCUUCUGCCGCUCUCCUCGAGGCAGAUCGCCGAAGCUCACUACAAGCUCAGCAUUGUGCUCGACCUUACUUCUGGCCGCCUUGGCGACUCGAUCACGCAUGCUGAGCGCGCCUUGGAUAGUGUUGAGGCGCGUCUCGCGGAGCUACGAGAUGCUCUCAGCGGGCAGGGCCUUGUCAAGCCCGAGGUCAAAGAAGACGUCAAGGGUAAGGGCAAAGGGAAAGCAACGGGCUCCCUAUCAUUGGCGGACGAUGCUAUCGAGAAGAUGACAAAGGGUCAAAUGGAGGCUGAAGAGAAGGAGCUACAAGGCCUCCGGGAAGACCUCGCGUUGAAGGUGGACGAGUUGAAGACAUCGCCUAACGAACCCGAGGAGUCAGCACCUGCGCUAGUGGCCAAGGAACUGGACGCGGAGCUGAACGCGGAGUCAGGACCAGCCGCCCCUGCAAAGACGGAAGUGCACGACCUGACCGGCCUCGUUAAGAAGAAAAAGAAGAACCCGGAGGCGAACGGGUCGGCAUCCAGUAGUGCGGCGAAGCGGAAAGCAGAAGAGGACGCCGAGGAGACGCAGUCGGAAAAGAAGGCCAAGCUCGAUAAGGCGGCGUCAUAA